AUGGACCAACAUGCCAAUUCCACAACAAUUACAGAAUUCUUCCUCCUUGGAUUUCCAGGAGUCCUUCCAGAAUAUUACACAGCAGUUGGAACCCUUCUCCUCUUCAUUUAUCUCACACUUGUAGUGGGAAACAUUUUCAUUAUUGCAUUUGUGUCUUAUGAAAAGAGCCUUCAAAAACCAUGCUACCUGAUCUUCUGUAAUCUUGCUGCAGUGGACUUUGCUUUUGGAACCACCACAAUGCCUAAAGUAAUUGCAAAAUAUUUGCUUAAAUAUGAAACUCUGUCAUUCCAUGCUUGCUUUGUACAAAUGUUUUUUAUUCAUUAUCUUGGGACUGUCACUUCUUUCCUUUUGCUCUUAAUGGCUGCUGAUCGAUUUAUCGCUAUUUGUAACCCGCUCAGAUACCCUGCACUUGUUACAAACCAUACUGCAUCAGUUGCCUGUGUAAUUAUUUGGGUGUUUUCAAUCCCACUGAUGACAGUGAUAGUAGUAAAAACCAUAGCCGAACACUAUUGUGUCUCCAACGUUAUAGCACAGUGUUUCUGUGAUCAAAAUUCUAUAGGUAAGCUAGCCUGUAGUGAUUAUAGGCAGGUAAUGCUAUUUUCCAUUUGUGUGGCAAUGAUUGUGCUGUUGGGCCUCUUUAUGUUCAUCAUAUUCUCCUACAUAGCAAUCAUCUUAACUGUCUUAAAAAUAUCCAGUGUUCAAGCAAAGUACAAAACAUUCUCCACGUGUAGCCCUCAGCUUCUUGUUACAUGCAUUUAUUAUUUGCCCCGAUGUGCUGCUUAUAUUACUGACCUUAAGGUCCAAAUGAACAUUAGUCCUCGCAUUUUGGUAAGCAUGUGGUAUAGUCUGUUUCCCCCUCUUGUCAAUCCAAUGAUAUUCUGCUUUCGAACUAAGGAAAUUCGAGAAGCUGUUGUGAUGAAAUUAAGAAAACUUGAAAUUCAGAAAGUGAUCAACUGA